AUGUGGCCUUCUCCUUUGCCGUCACCUGCCAGAUCUGUCAAUGGAGACGAGGUUGUAACAACAGCUGUUAACAAUCCGUUGGCUCAGCAGGGCAUGAAGUGGUUGUCUAAGCUGGGUGAGUUUGUUCAGAGGAAAGUAUCGCAGCAAUCGCGCCCUGGCGAGCAGACGACGGUGGUUCAGGAGACAGUGUGGACCCCGACUCGAGGAUCCCGAAGAGAAACUGAGCCGCUGUUUGACAGGUCGCAGGCACAUAGACUGCAAGAGAUGGCGCUGGCGGCACCGCAGUUAUAUGGCUCGGUGCAGCGAGCCAGUGGAGGCUCGGAAUCGUCGAGGUCGUUCACCAAGGAGCAGCUGGAGAACGAGGUCAAAAAACAAGUGGAUCGAGCCUUGGAACAGCAGCGUGGUGUUACCGAGGAAAAUGAGCGGCUGAAGCUGGAAGUGGAAAGACUGAAGGCUGAGGCGGCGACCAACAAGAUGUCCUCGACGGUAAUCCUGCGGGACUUCCUGGACACGGUCGUGAGCAAGGGGGUACAAGUGGAAGAAAUGUUCAGGGACAUGAUCGUGGCGGCGAUCCAGUUGGACUUUGGGGUGCAGAUAAAGGGCUUAGAGAUGAUCGGGCUUUGGGCCUUCAUGGGGUACCUCAAGGAAAUCCACCUGGACUACUAG